AUGCCGGAGCUGCCGGAGGUGGAGGCGGCGCGGCGGGCGCUGCAGGCGCACUGCGUGGGGAGGCGCAUCGCGCGCUGCGCCGUGGCGGACGACGCCAAGGUGGUGGUCGCCGCCGCCGGCCGCGCGGCCUUCGAGCGCGCCAUGGUCGGCCGGACCAUCGUCGCCGCGCGCCGGAGGGGCAAGAACCUCUGGCUCCAGCUCGACGCGCCGCCCUUCCCGUCCUUCCAGUUCGGUCAGUCCGCAAGAACUACUUACUACGUGGCGGCCUCUAGAGUUGGCCAGUCUUUGCUUGAUGAUGGUUUGGAGUUCUCUUUCACUGAUAAACGGCGUUUUGCAAGAAUUCGUUUGUUUGACGAUCCUGAAACUGUACCCCCGAUUUCUGAGCUAGGUCCAGAUGCUCUGUUUGAGCCAAUGUCUGUUGACAAUUUCUUGGACUCCCUGGGUAGAAAGAAGAUUGGGAUAAAAGCUCUUUUACUUGAUCAGAGCUUUAUAUCAGGCAUUGGUAAUUGGAUUGCAGAUGAGGUGCUUUACCAGUCAAGAAUCCAUCCACUACAGAUUGCUUCGAAUCUACCUAGGGAGAGUUGUGAAGCACUGCACCGAAGUAUCCAUGAGGUUGUGAAAUAUGCUGUUGAAGUUGAUGCUGACAUGGACCGCUUUCCAAAGGAAUGGUUAUUUCAUCACCGUUGGGGCAAGAAGCCUGGCAAAGUCAAUGGAAAGAAAAUUGAAUUCAUCACAGCUGGUGGCAGGACUACUGCCUAUGUGCCGCAAUUGCAAAAACUGAUUGGAACCCAAUCCAGCAAAAUGAUAGCCACUAACCUGGAAUGGCUGGCCGAGAAUGGUGAUACCAAGGAUUCAGGGACUGAGGGAGAAGAUGCAGAUAUUUUGAAGCCAAAAAAGCGAGCCGCAACCUCCAGGACUGCCAGGGGGCAACAAAACAAAGAUACCGUGGGUGCCAGUUCGAGAAAAGCAAGGGGAAAUGGUGGUGGCAGUAAGAAACCAGAUGCCGAUGUUGAGCCUGCUGAACCAGAAACAGUUGUCACCGAAAGCAACGGUGAGCAAGUUUUGGACAAAUCCAACAGUAAUGCUAUCAAUAAGUCAGGUCAGGUUACAAGAAGAUCGUCAAGGAAAGUGAAACCCCGUAAGUAA